AUGUCCUCCUACCUUAUUCCUGCUAGCGAGCCCACCAGUGCCGUGUCCAAGUACCUUCCUUUGGGCUCCGAGGCUUUGUUCAACGACCCAGUGGCGCCUGCCCAGCCAGGCUACACUCCCGUGUACCGCAACAGAGCCACGAAAGCAGGCAUAAUCAAGGCCCUCCACCCCGACCUCGCCACCUACAACCACCUCUUCAACAACGCAGCCCACAUGUACGCAGACAGACCAUGCAUGGGGUCCAGACCCUACAACUACACUACUCACGAGCUGGGCCCCAGCUUCGAGUCCUUGACCUACGCCCAGGUCUACGAGCGUAAGCGCAACUUGGGGUCCGGCAUCCUCUACUCGUUGCAGCACAACCCCUACCUUCUGGACUCCGAUGCCCACCAAAAAAUCAGAAACCACAACCAUGACUACAAGUCCUACGGCAGCGAUGUCACGGGCGUCGACAACAAGAACUACGAGCUUGAAAAGAGCGUGUCGUUCAUUUUGUCGAUUUUUGCGUCCAACCGUAUGGAAUGGUUGUUGGCAGAUCUAGCAUGCAGUGCGUAUGCCAUUACCAACACCGCAUUGUACGACAACCUUGGAGCCGAUGUCACUAAGUAUAUCUUGGAGCUCACCAAGAGCCCGGUGGUGGUCUGCAGCUACGAUAAAAUCGAGCUUUUGUUGCAAUUCAAGAGGGAUCACCCUGAUAUCAUGAACAACCUUGUUUCUAUUAUUUCCAUGGACCCCAUCGAGCUAGUUGAUAAAAGUUUGAUUGCCAGUGCUAAGCAGCUCAAGGUCGAAGUUCAUGACAUCCAUCAGAUCGAAAACUUAGGUAAAACUCACAGGAUCGACGAAUUGAAUCCAAACCCAGAGUCAUUGUAUACCAUUUCCUUCACUUCAGGCACCACAGGGUCCAAGCCCAAGGGUGCAAUGAUUUCACACGCGACUGCUGCAGCUGGAGGUUCCGUUUUUACGUCUCUGCUGUCACAUGCGGCAGUAAAUGAUAAGGCAUUCAUUUUACUUCCUUUGACUCACAUCUAUGAAAGACAAACCAGCGCAUUUGCUUUGAUAACGGGGUACUACUUGGGAUUCCCUCAAUUACAAGUUGGUGCCUCCAAGCCCAAAGAUGCAUUUACUCUGAUGUUAGAAGAUUUACGAAUCUUCAGGCCCACUUACUUUUCGAUUGUUCCUAGAUUAUUGAAUAAGGUGGAGUCCUAUAUCAAAACAGCAGUAGAUCGCCUUGAACCGGAACAAAAACAAGAGAUCAAUCGCAUCAUUGAGUACAAGACUAAGCAACAGAGUCUCAGCGAUGGUUCUACCGGAGAACAUUACUAUUACGACAACUAUGCUCCCUACAAGGCAUUAAAAUCGUUGGUUGGCUUUGAAAAUCUCAAAUGGACUCAGACUGGUUCUGCUCCAGUUGCUGCCUCGACUAUCGUGUACUUAAAAGCAGCAUUGGGUAUUGGUAUUAGACUGUUGUACGGAAUGACCGAGACGUUCGCCUGUAUGUGCAGCAGUGGAAUUUACGAGCAAACCCCAGGUUCUUGUGGAUCAUCCGCGGUCACUCAAGAAUUCCGUUUGAGAGAAAUUCCCAGCAUGAACUACUAUGUUAAAGACGGGAAGGGAGAGCUCUUGGUUAGAGGGACCUCGAAUUUCAAGGGAUACUAUUACAACAUUGAGGAAACCAAGAAAAUGUUCGAUGAGGACGGAUGGCUUUUGACAGGCGACAUCGCCUAUGUUGAGCCCAUCAAUAACAGAAUAUACAUCGUGGACAGAGUGAAAAACUUCUUCAAGUUAGCCCAAGGUGAGUAUGUCUCUCCCGAGAAGGUGGAAAACAAAUACUUGUCAUCCAACCCAUGUAUCAACCAGUUGUUUGUGCAUGGAGACUCUAUAAGAUCCUUUGUGGUAGGUGUUGCUGGUAUUGACUACACAGAGGGGCUUAGGUUCUUGACCGAAGAAUGCGGGUUCAAAUCGUCGGGCAAACCUGCUCCUGAGGAUCUUCUCAAAGAGAUGAAUAAGGUGGAGUGCAAGAAGAAGUUCCUCGCCAAGUUGAACAGAAAUGUGGGCACGAAACUUAACAAGCUAGAGUUGUUGCACAACAUACAUAUUGACAUCAACCCGCUUACUGUGGAACGAGAUGUGGUCACCCCCACGCAAAAGAUCAAGAGGGUGGUGGCUGCAAAAUUCUUCAAGGAUGUGAUCCACCGGUUGUAUGAGAUUGAGCAGUCGCUUAUCGCUCCUUCGCGGGCCAAGUUGUGA